AAAUUAAGAACCAAAAAUUUGAUUCUAAAACCUAAACAAAUUAAAAAACGAAAAAUGUUAUAAAAAGUGACUGGGGCUUGACCAAUCAACAACGGUGAAGAAGACGGCCACCCAGAAAAAAGAAGAGUUGAAGUUGGUUGCAUUUUUUCCUUAUAGAAGAGAAAGUGAGGGAGAAAGAAAAGGAGAAUAACAGCAAAAAGUUGAUUUUUAGGGUUUUUUUUUUUUUUUAAUUGAAUGUGAAUUAGACUUUUUAGUAAUUUUUCGUCUCAUUUCUAAAAUCCCGUUAAGUUCCAAUGUAUUAGAAGGGCCUAGCGACUAAUGCAUAUAUUUCUUCUUCGUGGAGCUGAAACCACUCUCACCACGCCGACCCUCCAGCAGCCGACCACCAAACGUCACCGUCGCGCGCACCGGAGCUGUCUGCAUUAGUUCAGAGCCGCGUCAAUCACUCUCUGAACUAACGCGAUCUUGUCGUCGGAAGUUGGAUCUUGGAGUUUUUGAGUAAUAUUUGAAGUUUUGGAAGAGUUGUGUUGCUGUCCAGCCGAUAAGAAGCUCGAUUUUUGGCUCUUUUGACAUAAAUUUGAAUUCCUCAAUCCAUUCCUAAAGCUCAGGUCAACCACUUGUUAGAGCUUUAAAAAAUUGAUCGAAAAGUAUGCCACACCGAACACGACCUAUGACCGCGCUUCUUGUAUUUACUGGUCUGAAUGUUGUGCUGGUAUCAACCAUCACCCCGGUCUAUGAUUUUGUGUGCUUUCAUCCAUACUGGGAAAGAAGGAGAGAACGACGUCGGCAACAACGUGAAGCUGCUUUAGGGAAAGAGCUUUUAGCAGACAGAUAAACAUAUGCAGUACCUUUGAGAAUUGUACAUUACAUCUAAGUUCCCCAUACUCAUCUUUUUAGGUGGGAUUUUCUCUUAUCCUCUUCAUCAUUCAAGAAUUGAAGAUAAGAAUGGGAUAAGAAAGCCCUUUAUUACUUGCCAUCUGCAGGAUUUAUUGUCCACCGAUUGCAGAUUGUUGGAAAAGACACAGAACUGGACCAUUGAAUUCACAAGCUAUCUUGAUUGAUAUGUCAUAAUCAAACUACCUUCUGUUCUGUACACUUUCUCUUUUUGUUAAUAUCUGCUUUGCUUGAGCACCCUGCUUUCCAAUGAUACAGAUAGUUUACACUAAGUUCAUAAGUCUUCCACAUGACAUUUUGACAAAAUAGGGCUGAGAAUUGAUGAUUUUAAUUGUGUAUAAUCACUACAUUACGAAUUCUCAUUCCCUUCCAUGAGAAUUGAUGUAUUGGAACAAAGUAGCUGAUUGGUUUUCUCUACCAUAUAAAUACAUAUUAAGCUCUUCAAGUUUUAA